AUGCAGCACGUGAGACGCUUGGAGGAAUGUAUCAAACGCUGCCAAGACGACAUGGAGCACGCAGCCGCCGCUGUGGAGAAAUACUAUGGCAGCUCCAUUGCGGAAAAUGGCUCGGCGUGGCAACUGUGGCAAGCCCUCGAGACUGACGGGGACGCUUUAGUGCACGCACUGGCAGUGUGUGAUACAUUUAUUCAUAGCCGUCACUUUUGCGUGAUGUGCCUCUUCUCCCAAGGGAACGAAGUGUUGUCACAACUGCAACAUGCAAAGCAGCGACUUUUUCGGUGUUUCCGAUCCAUUGCGUCCAAACAUGAGAAAAAAGCAGUAACAACCGAAGUUCCUUGUAGUAGUACAGAUGCGAGUGGGUUGGCAGCUAUUGCCAAACUUGUGGAAGGAGCCCCAACACUUCUCCGUGAAUUGCAAGAGCGGGAGCAGCAACUUAUUGACAACGCUUUGCUGAUUAAGGAGGACCUGCUUCAUUCGUUACACGGAACAGGCGAUGUCAUGAUUGAAUUUCAGGGUCAGAAAGAAGUUCGUCUCGAAGGAACAACACCUGAAUCGCUGCUCCAUAUCUUCCCAUUGCUUCCGGAGCAUGUGUGGAAGGGGACGGAUGGAAGUGCAGCUCCAACAACGUUGAAGGAUGGUCACGGCGUUGUGUCAUCGACGUCGCAGGAGGCCACAGAUACAAUUUGGACGGACUUGCGGCUGAUGAACAUGCUCCUUAAGAGCGCCUUUACCGCAGCUGCCUGUAAACACCAAUUUGCGGCUGCCUACGACUUUGCCUUGGUGACGAAGCUGCUCCUCACGAAAUGCUACACUGCGGAGGAGUUGCUAAUGAUCGUUUCAUCGCUGGGGCCUGGCAGAUCAGGGUAUUUUUCCUUGCGACACAAUGUAGAAAGUUUUGAAAGGACAAAUUCCCCAUGGGUUACUCUGAUGUUGUCCAAAAUACACACCAACGUCUCGCCCAAAGAGGCCUUUUUGGCAUGCGAUGAUUCGACACCAUCAUAUUAUGUUUAUCUCAUCUUUGCCUCGUUGGUUUGGAACACCGCCUUUUGUUUUUGGCAGAAGGGUUGUGUGAAGGAGGCACACCAGUGGUUGUGCGAGGUUGACGUGGAGAGGCUCCUUGUUCUUGCAGACGCGAAAGAAAAGGAGGAUGAGAACGCAGAUGUGAAUGGCAUGUGCGGUCUACGUACGCGGCGUCACGUCAUGCGGUGUUGCGACCGGGCCUCCUUUGGGGCAUGCAUGAACCCAUUUGUCCCUAGUGAGCCAACCCACGUAGGUGAGAGCCGUACUCCAAAAGAAGAGCAGGAAGAGUCUUACACUGCACCACAGCUUCAUCAGCUUCUGCGCCGUAUUGCAGCUUUGCGUGACUUGUGUGCCAUGUUGCUUUUCUGCACCACUCCACAAGAUUUUUUGUUUGUUAUUCUCCAGCUGCAUAAUACACUUCGAUGGCAAGCGCAUUGUAGGUUGCACCACGACGACACUGUGUGCGCAGGCGGAAACGCCCGAGUAACCGGACGGUCGCAGUCCGGUGCAACAGCUGAUAUACUGAUGGUGGCAAUGCUAAUGGUAGAAUAUUACCUUACUCAACAAGCGAUGGCAACGGUGGACUCGUCUGCCGCAUCAGGUGCUUUCUCGCCUGUGACUGUCCAUGAGGCAGUGCAGCAGGUGUGCAAUGAGCUGAUCACUUUCCUUAGCUUGGGGAAAUUCUUGAGUGUGGAAGACAUGGAACAGCGUGGCAUUCCUCCCUCGUGGCACGUUCAGUACGAUGUCGACGACGAGCGUGUUUUGCUAGGGGAUGAACUUGAAAAGGCAAUGAGGCCGCCGUGGCUCUCAGUGCAGGUUCUUGGCAUGACGCAAGCCUUUGCCUCCGGAUUCGAGGGUAAUAUAUUUUACCAAUGUGCCGUGAAGUCCCGUGAAACAAGGGAGGCAAGAGGGGGUACAGCUAAGUCAGCAGAAAGGCGAUCGUCAUGGUUAGCUUCUCUUGCCAAUAUUAUGCAGAGUGCAUCUCGGUUGAUCACUAAAGGUCUUGAUAGCUCGUGGGAGGAGGGUGAAGAGUCUGAAACUUUGAGGAAAUCCUCUUCCUCAGAUAGUGAACUGCGUGCAAGUCUGUUGGUACCUCAAUGCUCCAAGGAAAAUAAAUAUUCUUGGACGAACCGAGGACCAGGUGUUCUUUGGCUUCCGUCUUUGCAUGGCGUUGGCCUACAGCUAUUAGCGGAAGAAGAGGUGGUUGAGGGCCCGUACAAAAACGUUGAUGAUGUGGCAUGGCGAUUGCUGGUGAUUGCAUGCCGAUAUAGCAACUCUCAGUCGCUCGUGCCGUUGCUGUCGCAUGACAGCACGCAUAGUACUGGCGGGAUCCUUGAGAUUGUAAUCCCGGAACUCAACAAUGCCGUGAGAAUUUUAAUGAAUGAACUGAUUAAUCGCGUCGGGGAUGAUUGGUGGCCUCUGUGGCAUCAGCAUAGCAAGUUAAGUGCGGGUCGUACACGCAUCUGUAAACUGCUGGAAACACUGGAGCGAGGGGCGUACAUGUCAGUGAUGGAGACUGAUCCGCAACGUGCCGCUUCAGAUGGUGAAACCCAAAAGAACAGGGCCACACAGCCAGCUGAGGUAUCAAGGAAGAGUCAAAAUAUAGUGGAGGAGCAUAACAGCGAGGCAACGGAAUUCGUGUCUGAGUUGUGGGAUUUACCAUCUUCAGCGUAUGUCCCACCCAUUCAGUUUGACUUCUCGGCUUUUGUUUCUGGUUCCACAUCUGUAUUCAGGGAAACGCAACAACUUGUUGAUAGUCUUUCACGCCGACAGGAAGAGGCAGAUAAAGCCGCUUCUACUGGCAGUGAGGCAGUGAUUGAGAGUAACAAUCAGUACCUAACUAUCCUCACUACAAAGUCGCGAAAGCUUCUUCACGAAGCGUUGCCGGCCAUAUGGCAAUUUAUGCCCUGGAGACUUCUAUACAGCAGUCGCUUUCAUGGAUUUAGUUUUACCAACAUGCUGUCCUGUAGUCAACGAGAGGUUGAUAACGCACAGAGGCGGGAAAAGAUGCCACCCAUGCUUAUUGUAAUGGAGGUCAUGAGACCAGCCCGAGCACCAACUAAAGAUGACGCAGAGGGGCCUGUGAAACUUUUGAUUGGGGCAUGUUUAUCACAUCCUUUGCAUAUUGGGGCACAUCGAUUUUACGGCAACAAUGAUACAUUUGUAUUUCAGCUGCUAAUUCCCCCAAAGCCGGCAUCUACGGAGUUGCGUAUGUAUCGUGCCACAGGGGCAAACCAACGAUUCAUCAACACAACGUCACGUUCACUUGCGAUUGGAGGGGGUGGGGGGUGUAGUAUUUUUCUCAACAACACUGUAAUGCACGGUUCCACUGCAGCCUGUGCCACGUUUGGGGCCCCACCUCUCACACAGUGGCGCACACCAUGCUUUUUGUUGUCAUGGUCCUCUGAUAGCGCUUCUGCGGAAAACUCAGGGGGGACGAUAGAAGAUGUUGCGAAAAGCUACACUUUUGAUAUUUGCUCAAUAGAGCUUUUUGUAGUUGAGAAACGAAGAAAACAGUAG